AUGGAGCAGGGCCUGCACACAACUCCAAACCUGCUGCUGGAAGGAAUUGCCACCGCCAAAGGAUGUUUUCGUCAGGGUGUGAGGAGGAUAGAGGAGGACCCCAAUAGGUACCCGAGGAAGGAGCAGAGCUCUGGAGAGAGGUCAAGACAAAACGGGCGCUGCGGGACACAAAGCCCCGGGGUAACUAACCAGUCCACCCACUGUGUGUUGCAGCAACUGAAACACCCCAACCUGGUGAACCUGCUGGAAGUGUUCAGGAGGAAGCGGAGGCUGCAUCUGGUCUUUGAAUACUGUGACCACACAGUUCUCCAUGAGCUGGACAAGCACCCCCGGGGAGUGCCGGAGUAUCUGGUGAAGAGCAUAACCUGGCAGACCCUCCAAGCUGUGAACUUCUGCCAUAAACACAAUUGCAUCCACCGAGAUGUAAAGCCAGAAAACAUCCUGAUAACAAAGCACUCAGUCAUCAAACUCUGUGACUUUGGAUUUGCCCGCAUACUGACUGGCCCGAGUGAUUAUUACACCGACUACGUGGCUACCAGGUGGUACCGCUCCCCGGAGCUGCUGGUGGGAGACACACAGUACGGGCCCCCCGUGGACGUCUGGGCCAUCGGCUGUGUCUUUGCAGAGCUGCUCUCCGGGGCUCCCCUCCGGCCUGGCAAUCUGACUUUGUUUUUCUUGUUCUUGGUCAAAGGGGACCUGAUUCCCAGGCAUCAGCAAGUGUUCAGCACCAACCAGUUCUUCAGCGGGGUAAGAAUUCCAGACCCGGAGAGCAUGGAGCCACUGGAAAUGAAAUUCCCUCAUAUUUCGUGUUCUGCUUUAGCUCUCAUGAAGGGUUGUCUUCAUAUGGACCCAACAGAGAGGCAGACGUGUGAGCAGCUGCUGCAGCACCCCUAUUUUGACAGCUUUAGGGAGGUGGCAGGUCUGGGGAAAGAUCAUGAAAAAAAGGCUCGGAAACCAGCCAGGCUGACUCGGAAGCACGUGCCAGGGUUACAGUACCUGCCCCAGCUCACCAGCAGUAACGUUCUGCCAGCUGUGGACAGCAAGAAGUGCUGCUGCAAAACAAGGAACUCUAACUACCACUUCCCCAACAUCUAA